AUGGAGGAGGAGCAGAUGUACGACGUAGAGGGCGGACCAGGUCCCGGGGACGUCAUUUGCAUGGAGUUUUGCUACGAAGUCAUCCACAAGGUGGGGGGUAUCGAGACGGUCGUCCGCACAAAGGCCCCCGCGAUGGUGAAUGAAUAUGGGGACAACUACUUCAUGGUCGGGCCUCACCUUUCUUGGGAUGAUAAGUUUGCAACCAACUUUGAAGAGGCAGAACGAAAUGAGGAAUCGGAGAUCCUCUACAAGCUUAUUGACAGCUUUGAGGCACGCUACGGAAUCAAGGGGGUCAAAUACGGCCGGUGGCUCACCGCCGGCAAUCCCCAAGUAUUUCUCCUUCCGAUGAUCUACAAUUCAGGAACACAUUUCGAACAUAAGAUUGAUCAUGCGCGAAACAUCCUUAGGACUGCUUGCAAUCUGGAGAUUCCGAACCCUGGGUUCGGAGAGCGAGAGCCAUACAUCUGGAACGCAUUUCUCUUUGGUGUCGUGGGCUGGUGCUUUGUCUCGCAUGCCAUGAGCUUUCUGUUUACUGAUGUCAAUGUGAUUAUGCACUCCCACGAGUGGAUUGGUUGUGUUGCGCAAGUCCUCUAUUCUCGCAAUGGUAAUUGUGAAACAGGGCAGCGCGAGAACCACCUCCACUUCCUUUUUACUACACACGCGACAACGCUUGGGCGACACCUUUCUGCAGGCAAUAUCUGCCUUAUGGACUGUCUCCAGGUACUAAAGGAAAAGAGCGCAGACCAGUGUGCAAGUCACUGGGACAUGGAGGCCAGCAGACGCAAGAUCGCCGUCGAGCACCGUAUCGAACGAGCUGCAGCGCACACGGCGGAUGUGUUUACGACGGUCUCAGAAAUCACGGGCAGAGAAGCCGAGUGUUUCCUUGGGAAGACUCCAGAUGUGAUCACCUAUAACGGAAUGGACGUUGACUCUGCAAGGUCUGUGGGAAGCGACAUCGGUGCAAGUCAUAGCUACUACCACGGAAAGAUUCUUGACUUUUGUAGAGGACACUUCUACGGCACGACCUUUAAUCCGGAAAAGACUAUCAUUAUCUUCUCCGCAGGGCGCCUCGAGUACAAGAACAAGGGCUAUGAUAUGUUCCUCGAUGCGCUGCACUCAUUGAACGAGAGGUUCUUCAGAGAUCCCCUCCUCGAGGAUUACAAGGAUAUCACAGUGGUCGGUAUCAUCAUCGCCCCUUCCCAAGUUUCCCAGUACCAAGUUGACACUCUCAAGGGGAUAUCCUUGAUGCAAGAGAUCAAGGACUGCACCCGACUGUUGGCAAAUAAGAUCUCCACAAAUUUGGUUGACCUGCUCACCAACACGGCUCUUUCACAAAAUCUUGCUUCGCUUACUCUAGGCGACAUUCUCAGUAAAAAUGACAUCGUCCUGAUGAAGCGCUGUCAACAAUCUUAUGCUUCACGAAAUAACCUUCCAUCCAUAAUGACGCAUACUCUGCGCGACCCAUCGCUCCAGGACGCAACCGAGCCCAUUCUUGUGCGCAUGCGGGAACUUGGGCUGGUUAAUCAGAAGGAAUCACGUGUUAAGGUUGUCUGGAUACCAGAGUUUGUGUCUAAGACAAGUCCCGUUGGACUGGAUUACAACGAGUUCACAUUGGGCGGGUCCCUGGGUGUAUUCUGUUCUCUGUAUGAGCCGUGGGGCUAUACAAGUCCAGAGUGCUGCUGUGCAGGCACGCCAAGCAUAGUUUCAAACCUCUGUGGCUUCGGAAGCUUCAUAGAGUCCAUGGUGUCCCGGGAUACCUUCAAGAACAGGUCCAAGAGUGUGAUUGAGCAAUCCGAGCGUCUUCAUCACGUAGCUUCUCUCACAUCAAUCUCCAACCUGAACUCAAAGAGAUACCCUCACUCUGGAAGUGUUUCUGAUUAUGGGGCUUCGCCACGAGACUCAGAUACUCCUUCGUCUCCUUCCGGGACAACAACGCCCGAGCUUCGUUCUAAGGCUGUAAGCAACAGAAUUCUGCAUCAGAAAUCAAUAGAGUAUAUUAUCAGCGAGCAUGACAAGAAUAGUUGGAAUAUGUCGAAGUUCGGUGUCCAAGUGGUUGACCGCGUGUACAUAGACUAUCAUGAGAGCGUAGAUCGCUUGGCAAACAUGCUCGUAGACUUCGUGCGUCUUUCUCCUAUAGAACGCACUAACCUUAGGCACAAGACAGAGAGAGCCUCAGUUCUAUGUGACUGGUCAGCAAUGAUAAGUCGCUACAAUGAGGCUCAUAAGCUUGCCAUAACACGACGGAGAAAGCAUUUCAACUGA